AUGUUGUCUCCAGAGUCUAGUUUGGGGCAGAGUUCAACCCCCGGGGUUGCCGUGGCCCUAACGCAUUGUCAGCCCCCAGAGCAAUUCAAUUUUAGUUGCCCUGAAGAAUGGCCUAAGUGGAUCAGACGCUUCGGAAGAUACCGCGUGGUCAGCGGGCUGAAUUUAAAGCCUCACGAAGAACAGGUCAACGCCCUCAUAUAUGUUAUGGGAGAUAAGGCCGAAGAUGUACUGUUGUCUUUGACCUUAAGCGAAGCUGACAUGACGAACUACGAGACCGUUGUAGCCGCUUUUGACAAGCAUUUUGUGGUCAAGCGCAAUAUCACCUAUGAACGAGCAAAGUUUAACUCCCGUUCUCAAAAAGAGGGAGAGCCCGUCGAAGAGUUCAUGACGGAUCUGCAUGCUCUUGCCGAACAUUGCAAGUUUGGGUCCCUACGCGAUGAGCUGAUUCGGGACAGAAUUGUUGUUGGAGUAAAAGACAGAGUUCUCUCGGAAAAGAUGCAAUUGAAUCCUGACCUUACGCUGGAGAAAGCCACGACUAUGGCUCGACAGACGGAAACGGUUAAGAAGCAACAAGCGUCGUUGCAGCCAGCCCCGCGCAGAGUACCCCUUCCUCUCAUGGAAACGAUAAAGAAGGAAAUUGACCACAUGGUCGCACAGGGUGUCAUCGUACCGGUAGAUGAGCCUACGGAAUGGUGCUGCGGCAUGGUAAUUGUAAAAAAGCCAAAUGGAACUUACCGAAUUUGUGUUGACUACACCCCGUUGAACAAAUUCGUAGUAAGGGAACUUCAUCCUAUGCCAGUCACAGACCAUGUCAUCGCUCAGAUAGGCGUCUCCAAGUACUUCUCAAAGUUGGAUGCGAAUUCUGGCUACUGGCAGUUUCAGCUUACCGAAGAGUCGCAAUUACUUACGACCUUCAUUACUCCCUUUGGUCGCUUCAAGUUCACAAGGUUACCGUUUGGGAUAUCAUCAGCACCCGAGUUUUUUCAGAAGAAGAUGGCUCAUAUCGUCUCGGGCUUAAAUGGAGUCGUCUGCAACAUGGAUGACAUCCUUGUUCACGCGAAGACUAGAGAAGAGCACGAUGACAGAGUACGCAAGGUUCUCGCUCGAUUGCAAGACUAUGGAGUGACCUUGAACAAAGACAAGUGCGUCUUCGGUGUUCAACGAGUAAAGUUCUUGGGUCAUAUCAUCGACCAAGAAGGAAUCCAUCCAGAUGACACAAAAGUGAAGGCCAUUCAAGACAUGAAGCCUCCCACGUCUCUUACGGAACUAAAAAGUUUUCUUGGAAUGGUGAACUACCUCGGAAAGUUUAUUCCUCAUCUGGUUGAUGUUGUAAGCCCGUUAAACGCUUUAUUAAGUUCCAAGUCGCAGUGGGUUUGGACAGAAGCACAACAGCGAGCAUUCAAGACCGUCAAGACGUUGCUAACGACAAGUCCGGUUCUGGUCUUCUUCGAUCCGAAGAAAAAGACAGUUGUUUCCGCUGAUGCUUCGUCAUAUGGACUUGGGGCGAUUCUUCGACAGUUGCAACCUGAUGGGACGUAUCGACCUGUCGCAUAUGCUUCACGAAGUCUCACGGACACGGAGAAGAAGUAUGCUCAGAUAGAAAAGGAGGGACUCGCCAUUGUGUGGGCAUGCGAUAAGUUUCGGGAUUACAUCACGGGGAUGCACAUCACUAUCGAGACCGAUCACAAGCCCUUAAUUCCAAUCUUCAUGAACAAACCUUUGGACGACAUAACCCCUCGUCUACAAAGGAUAAAGCUGAAGCUGAUGCGGCACUCUUGUGAUUUGGUUCAUGUCCCAGGAAAAUCUCUAGUAGCGGCCGACGUUCUCUCGCGAAGCCCGCUUCCGGACAUUGAAGACAGUGGGUUGGAGGAUGAGCUGGCGGCUUACGUCAGGGGAAUCGUCACCUACUUUCCUGCGACAGAUCAGAGAUUGUCCCAAAUCAAGAAGGCGCAAUACGAAGACACUUCGUGUCAGAUGCUGUCGAAUUACCUUCAACAAGGCUGGCCAGACAAAGCACUUGUUGACUCGAGCUGUAAGAACUACUGGCAAGAGAGGUUCAACCUUUCUCUCGACGACGGACUUCUCAUGAAAGGGUCCCGAAUUCUUAUCCCCGUCGCCAUGAGAAGAGAGAUACUCAACAAGAUCCAUGAAGGGCAUGCCGGGAUCACAAAGUGCAGGGAAAGAGCCAGGCAGACAGUUUGGUGGCCUGGAAUUUCUAAGGACAUCGAGGAUGAUGUUCGAAGAUGUCCGCGCUGUGUCCAGGAGUCUAGCAAUAGGCAUGAGCCCUUGAUGCCUUCGCCGUUCCCAGAGCGCCCAUGGCAGAAGGUAGCGGUCGAUCUUUUCUACCUUAGUGGAAAGUGGUUCCUGCUGGUAACGGAUUAUUACUCAAGAUAUCCGGAACUGGCUCCUUUGACCAACUUAACAAGUUCAGCGGUCAUCGAUCACCUGAAAUCCAUAUUUGCCAGGCACGGAACGCCAGAAGUACUCAUCAGCGACAAUGGACCACAAUUUCGGAGACUAGUGGGCAGUGACUUUGCUACAUUCGCGAAAGAGUGGUCAUUUGAACACAGGACUUCUAGUCCACGUUUUCCACAAAGCAACGGCUUCGUCGAAGCCGCUGUCCGUGUCAUCAAGCUCAGUCUCAAAAAGUCGGACGAUGCGUAUAAAGCUCUUCAGAGCUAUCGCGCUACGCCAUUAGGAAAUGGUUUCAGUCCGGCUGAGCUACUUAUGGGUCGCCGUCUUCGCACGUCGCUUCCUACCGCCGCGUCGCUGUUAAGUCCCAAGACACCAGAUCGGAAUCAGUUGCGUCAAUGGGAAGAGCGUCGCAUUGAAAUGCAAAAAAGAAACUAUGACCAGCGACAUGGUGUGCGAACCUUACCACCCCUACGGCAAGGCGAGAGGGUAUGGAUAACGGACACCCGAUCAAGUGGCGUGGUUCAGGCACCAGCAUCAGCGCCUCGGUCCUACAACAUUCAGAUGGACGAUGGUGUACUCCGUAGGAACAGAUUUCACUUGAUACCUGUACCGUCACCGUCCUCUGAUUGCCCCCAAAAAGGUCCUUCUGCAGACGCGUUGGCAGCUCCCACGUCCGACUCUCGUCCCCAGGAACCCGGAGGAGGAACAGGCCCUGGGCCUGAGCUUGCUGUCUCCGCUAGGUCGUCGUCUGGGGAAGUUUCACAAGCUGGUUCGUCUGACAGUUCCGGCCACCAACCGGGAGACCAGCCCCCACAUAACCCAACAGGAAUGACUACUCGCAGCGGCAGAGUGGUGAAGCCAGUGAAAAGACUUCAAGUUGGAUUUGAAUGA